AGUUUAUAAACAAUUAAAUUACAUACCCCCUACAAAUAUAAAUUUAUUUCCUUGUGUAAAUCUUUCCGGCAUUUGUUUGAAACAAAAAGUAAAAGAAGUGUCAUACUUACUGACUUAAAAUGGAUUGUGACGAACAUGAAGAUCCCUCAGAUGAUAAACAGAUUGACAAGCAACUUGAAGAAAACAUUCAAGAGUCGAAGGAAGAAUCAUCACAACAAAAAAAUGAAAAUGAAGCUUCGAAUUUAUUGGAAAAAGAAAAACAUUAUUUUAAGGAGCAAAAAGUAAUAGAAGUAGCAAAAGCCACAUUUCCAAACACCUCAAAUCAACACUACACAAAAGGUGUUUUAUUUUCGCCUGAUGGCACAUGCAUUCUUAGUACGAUAAAUGCUAACGGAAUGCUUUGUUAUGAACUACCUCAGGAUCUAUAUGGAAAAGAAGAGAUAAAUGAUGAUAGAGAGAUAACUCUCUUUAAGCCUGUUAUAAGUAUAAAAAGUGUAGGAAACAUUUACGACUUUUGCUGGUAUCCUUUCAUGUCCAGUUAUGAUGCCGAAACUUGUUUCUGGAUAUCUUCAGCUCAAAAUGAACCAAUAAAAAUGUUUGAUGCUUUUAAUGGCAGUUUUCGUUGUUCAUAUCGAGCAUAUGAUUACGCUGACGAGCUGGAAGCGGCACUUUCACUUUGCUUUUCACCUGAUGGAACUUGCAUUUAUGGUGGCUACAAAAAAUCUAUCAAAGUUUUCACAACAUCGGUACCUGGUCGUGAUUAUGAUACAAUAAAUACAAAGCAACCUAUCUCUUGUCUAGCAAUGAAUUAUUAUGAAAGUAAUGUGCUUGCUGCUGGAAGUUGGAAUAAAACAAUUUCAUUGAUAGAUACGAGAGAUUAUCUUACAAUCGACACACUUCAUGGACAUAAAGGUGGUGUGACUUAUCUCAAAUAUUCUUCGAAUGGAGAGAAUUUAAUUUCUGGAUCAAGGAAAGAUUCAAAUCUUUUGCUAUGGGAUAUGAGAAAUCUUUCAUUGCCACUCUAUAAGUUUAUGCGAAAAGUUGAAAAUAAUCAAAAGGUUUAUUUCGAUAUUUCAACUGGUGGAACUUGGCUUGCAAGUGGCGACACUCGAGGAAUUGUUCAUAUCUGGAAUUUACGUGAUCUCAAUGAUGAUGGAUUUCCAAAAGAAAUUCAAUUUCCACUUCACCAAGAUAGUUGUUCAGGUGUCAAUAUUCAUCCAUAUCUUCCAAUUCUUGCGACAAGUUCUGGACAAUUCAAAUUCAACAAUGAUGGAGAAGAAAAUGAAUUUGAUGAACAAGAAAUUAUUGAAAAUUCUCUUGUUUUGUGGUGGUUUGGAAAUCACAUUGAAACAUCAAAAUCUGAUGCUGUUUUGCCAUUAACUUGAGUAAUAAAAAAAUUUUUAAACAGUAUGAGAACAUGUCGUUUGACUUUAAACAUUAAUUCGUUCAUGCAGAUGAAUCCUUGCAGCGUCUGAUGUCGGACAUUAGCAAACAAAAGCUCGAACAAAUAUUUUUGUCGUUAUUUAAUUGAUUGAUGACCGACUUUUAAUACAAUAAAAAAAUUAUUAUUAUUUCUAUGUUUCUCAAAAAUUCAAAGUCGUGCUAUUUUUAUUUUCCUGGCUUUAGAAGGAAAUAUAAAAAUCAAUCCUGAGAAUUAUUUCCGUUUAGUAUAAGUUUGUGUUGUGAUUCAAUAGUUUGUUGAUUAUUAGAAAGUCU